AUGGUUGCUCCUAUCGCUCGCGGCGUCUUUCGCAAGGCCGUCAACCUUCCUCCUACCGCGGCUACCGCCUACAACGGCACCCCGGUCGCUGCUGGCAUCAACUUUGCCGCCCGUGCUCCUGCCGGCCCCCACGCUCACGGACAUGGCCCUUCCCUUCGAUCUGACCCCCACCAGGUUCCCCGAUGGGCAUCCAACCUCCGCAACUCGAACGGCGUCCUUAGCGCACGAUCUGGCGUCAAUGCUCUCCCCACCGUUGGCCAGCCCCGCUACUUCUCGUCCUCGUCGCGAUGCCUCCAGGCUACCCAGCCUGAUCAGGUUCCCGACUUCUCCGGCUACCGCACCAAGACCCCUGAAAGCAACAAGGCCUUUUCCUACUUCAUGGUCGGCUCCAUGGGUUUGAUCGCCGCUUCCGGUGCCAAAGCCACCGUUUCGGACUUCCUGUCAUCUAUGGGUGCUUCGUCAGAUGUGCUUGCGCUCGCCAAGGUCGAGGUCGACAUGAACUCGAUCCCCGAGGGCAAGAACGCCAUCAUCAAGUGGCGUGGUAAGCCCGUCUUUGUGCGUCACCGCACCAAGUCCGAGAUUGACGAGGCCAACGCCGUCGAUGUCUCCAAGCUCCGUGACCCUGAGAAGGACUCGGACCGAACAAAGCGACCAGAAUGGCUCGUCAUGCUUGGUGUCUGCACCCACUUGGGUUGUGUACCCAUCGGUGAGGCUGGUGACUAUGGUGGCUGGUACUGCCCUUGCCACGGUUCACACUACGACAUUUCGGGACGUGCCCGUAAGGGUCCUGCUCCUCUCAACCUUGAGGUGCCCGAAUAUGACUUCAACGACGGCGAGAACAAGCUGAUCAUCGGUUAA